AUGACUUUUAUUAUGAAAUCUGGACAUACUAUAACUUUUAUUAUGAAAUCUGGACUGCAUACUAUACUAUGACUUUUAUUAUGAAAUCUGGACAUACCAUGACUUUUAUUAUGAAAUCUGGACAUACUAUAACUUUUAUUAUGAAAUCUGGACUGCAUACUAUACUAUGACUUUUAUUAUGAAAUCUGGACAUACUAUGACUUUUAUUAUGAAAUCUGGACUGCAUACUAUACUAUGACUUUUAUUAUGAAAUCUGGUGUGAUUUCAUUUUAUUAUGAAAUCUUGUGUUCAGGCAGAUCGCGCGCUGCCUCCAGCCGCGGGUCCUUCUGUGUCGCUCUGACGUCAUCAGCAUCCGCCGGCUAUCAGUUAGCAGGUUAGCAGUGUGUUCAGUAACAGCAGGUGAACCGUCGCGUGUCCAGGUGAGUCCAGGUGAGGCAGCAUGUACUACCGGCUGAACGGAGUGACGCAGCGGCUGAGCGGAGCUGCCGCCGCCGCCUACAGACCGCAGGGAUUGCGUCCAGGCGUCCCUCCCGUCCGUCCUCCCGCCAUCUUCGCGUCUCCGACCAAGCUGGUGUCUGAAGCAGGAAGUCAGGUGGAUUUCCUGGGAGCCAACAAAGUCCCCGACCUGCAGAAACUCUUCCAGCGGUCUGAUGGCGUCCCGGUCCACCUGAAGGGGGGUCUGCUGGACCGGAUGCUGUACCGGACCACCAUGAGCCUGACGGUGGGCGGAGCUCUCUACUGCCUGGUGGCGCUCCUCAACGCCGCUCAGCCCAAGUGAUGCUGCUGCGCUCUGAUUGGACGAGACGUGUCUGCGUGGGGGAGGGACAGCGAGACAUUUUAGGACCGUCCGUAAAACUGAGCUCUGCAGAAAACACUGUACAGAAAACAUUUAGUGUGGAGAAUGAACAAUAAAAAUAAAGUUUAUUUUGUUGUAAAA